GUGGCGCAUGCGCCGCUCCUCUCCCCUUGGCGGAAUCCGGACACGCUCGUUGUUGCGGGGGCCUUCUCGUUCCUCGGGUCCGUCGUCGCCAUGGUGAAGCUGAGCAAAGAGGCCAAACAAAGGCUGCAGCAGCUCUUCAAAGGCGGCCAGUUUGCCAUCCGCUGGGGCUUUAUUCCUCUUGUGAUUUACCUGGGAUUUACAAGGGGUGCAGAUCCUGGAAUGCCUGAACCAUCAGUUUUAAGCCUGCUCUGGGGAUAAAGGACUGUUUGGUCGUCUGAAUUUGGAAGCCAUCCAACAUGGAAGGUGUGUCCUCUGACUGGAUAAGAGACUUCAUUUCAACGAAGAGUGGAGCCUGUGCUGACUUACACUAGACUGUCAAAAUAAAUAUUUUUAACAAUGUCA